AUGACCAGAGGAAAAUGUGAGCGUCUCGGUGCUGCCACCGCUGCUGUGGAUAACAAAACCAUUGCAGGCAAGAUGAACUUGUUGGCUAACAUUGUGGUUGUGGCAAUUGUGCACCAUGUCCGGUCACCAGCUGUCCGACUUACUAGGGAGGAGAAAGUGACAGCGUGCUUUGUAGUAGCCUCCGGGGACAGGAGUACACCUUGCCAACUUGAUAUCAGUGUCGAUAAGACGUGCUGGAAGGAGAUUGCGUGUACAAUUUGGUCGGCCAAGUCGGGUGAUGCAGCGGGCCAUGCAGUGGAGGAACCCUCUACUGUCACUAAGGCCUUCAAAGAUGACCGUGACGCACGUAGUCAUGUCAACAGGUGCACCGCCUUCUCAUACAAUCGACACACCAGGAGACCGACUGGGAAUACCGAUGAUUGUGCUCCUGUGAUAUUGUCAAAAUUCACUCUGGCAUUGACUCCGUAG